AUUUACUUGUAUUGUAUCUGAACAACCCUACCGGUAAGAGUUGACUAUAGUUAGGUUAGAGUUGUCUAUGGAACUCGAAAAGGCUUUCCUAAAUUGCUAGUCUGGAGAUAUAACAGUCUAGUCUAAUAUGUGUUAAAUUUAUUUGGUUUAUUCAUUAUUAUUCUAAGCAAAAUAAUUAGUAAUUCAGUUAAAUGGCAAAGAUGAAGGCUGAAGCAUCAUCUGAAGAGGCUAACUUGUUUAUACACAAACAGGAAGAUUCAGAAGAUGAUGAUGAUGUGUGGGAUGAUGCACAACUUGUCAAAGCCUAUGACAGAGCAAUCUACAAAGCCAAACAACAGAUUCUGGAUAAAAUCCAAAAAGAAAUGAGUCUGACGGAAGCAGAUAUACAGGAUGUGCUUGGUGAUCCGCCAACCCCCAAAAAGCGAAAGAAGAGAAAAAACAAAAGCAAUACUGGUGGUAAUUAUCCGAUGUGGAAAGUCGGUAGUGCGUGCCGAGCAAUAUGGUCAGAAGAUGGAGAAGAAUAUGAGUGUGAAAUCGUGGAAAUGAUCGAUGGAAACUGGUGCACUGUGAGGUUCAUUGGAUACGAUAAUGAAGAAGAAGUGCUACUAAGAGAACUGAUCCCUUCCUUUGGCAAAAGUGUGAUAGAGUUCCAAUUGGCCUCUGCUAAGUCCUAUAAUGCUGCUUUAAAGGUAACUGACUAA